UCCUACGGUUCGGAUCUCCUUUCCUCGUGCUUCCCACUUUUCCCUCCGCUGUGCGUCUUAUUUUUGUCUGCUUUGUCUCUUUGUGUCUGUUAGUUCUCUCGCCCCUCGUCUCUCUCUCUCUCUCGCCCCUCGUCUCUCUCUCUCUCUUACUCUAUAUGGUCACGGAUCAGUAGGAACUCAGACUCUUCUUGCUGAUUUGUCGGAGCAGAGCACAGUCAUGACUGCGUUGUUCCUGCUGUUGUUGAUCUGCAGACUUCUGACCCGGUGUUUUGUUUUGUGUUUUUGUUGUUUUUCAAUUUUAGAUUAAACCAGUUUGAAUGCAGCGAGUUUGCUCCUUAUCCGCCUCUGCUCAUUCAGAUUUACUGCUCAUCAACACCUGUUGCGUUAUUACAUAACUGGAAGUCGUUGCAUCAUCCGUUGCUAUAGCGACAUCUGCAGCUCACUCGCGGCGCUGCGCUGUAAGUCAAUGAAGGGUGCGUUCACAGAAUAAGAGCAGACGUCUGUACCGGUGCCACGACUCACAUCACUCAGACGUCACAGCACCAAUGUGUGGAGCUGCAGCAGGAGCAUCGUGUCCUUGUAGAGCCGUUUGACUGCAAACCAAAAGCGUGUACCUCCGUCUGCUUCCCGACGGCCACGUUGGUGAUAUCACACAGAAGGGCUACGAGAAGAAGAGGUCCAAGCUGAUUGGGGCCUAUUUCCCUCAGACUCCAGCGGCGGACCCGUCGCUGGGUCAGGAGAGGGCGCCCGUCACCCCGUCCUCGUCGACCCGCUACCACCGCCGGCGGUCGUCUGGGUCCAGAGACGAACGUUACAGAUCAGAUGUGCACUCUGAGGCGGUGCAGGCAGCCCUGGCCAAGCACAAGGAGAGGAAGAUGGCGGUGCCGAUGCCUUCAAAGCGCCGCUCGCUGGUGGUGCAGACGUCCAUGGAUGCCUACACGCCUCCAGACACUUCUUCAGGCUCAGAGGAUGAGGGUCAGGGUUACGGUGAUGAAGACGAAGGAGGAGACUGCGAGGAGGAGGAUGGAGGAGGCGGCGGGGGAGGAACCUCAUCCAGCCGGGAGGACAGCAUCAGCAUGGAGCACUGGAUCAGCCGCGCCCUCCACAGCACCUCCUCCACCACCACCACCACCGCCUCGUCCACCGCGUCCUCCUGCUCCACACGCAGCGGGGGCAGCGGGGCCGCGGGGGGGGGGCUGGCCGACGUCCUGGCACAGCACGUCCACCGCCAGCACCACAAGCCAGAGAACCACUCUGCCCCUCCAGACGUCACCGGUUACACCAACAGCACCGGCCCCGAUGGGAUCCAGGUGGACCGAGCCCCGGGUGGCGGCACCGCGGCCCAGAGACAGACGCCCAAAUACGGCAACGCCGAGCUGAUGGAGACGGGAGACGGGGUUCCAGUCAGCAGCAGGGUUUCAGCCAAAAUUCAGCAGCUGGUCAACACUCUGAAGAGGCCCAAGCGUCCGCCGCUCACAGAGUUCUUUGUGGACGACUUCGAGGAGCUGCUGGAAGUCCAGCAGCCGGACCCCAACCAGCCCAGGGCCGAGGGGGCGCCCAUGGCCGCCCUGCGCGGCGAGCAGCUGGGCGUGGUGACCAACUGGCCCCCGUCCCUGGAGGCGGCGCUGCAGCGCUGGGGCACCGUCUCCCCCAAGGCGCCGUGCCUCACGGCCGUGGACGGCGGCGGCAGGCCGCUCUGCGUCCUCACCUACGGCAAACUGUGGUCCAGGAGUGUGAAGGUGGCCUACAACCUGCUGCACAAGCUGGGAACCAAGCAGGAGCCGCUGGUCAGAGCUGGAGACAGGGUGGCGCUGGUCUUCCCCAACAACGACCCCGCGGCCUUCAUGACGGCGUUCUACGGCUGCCUGCUGGCCGAGCUCGUCCCAGUGCCCAUAGAAGUUCCGCUGACCCGCAAGGACGCCGGCAGCCAGCAGAUCGGGUUCCUGCUGGGGAGCUGCAGCGUGACGGUGGCGCUGACCAGCGACGUGUGCCAUAAAGGCCUUCCCAAGAGCCCCACUGGAGAGAUCCUACAGUUCAAAGGCUGGCCCAAGGUGCAGUGGGUCGUCACCGAGUCCAAACACCUGUCCAAACCGCCCCGGGACUGGUUCCCACACGUGAAGGAUGCCAACCAGGACAGCGCCUACAUCGAGUACAAGAGCUGUAAGGACGGCAGCGUGCUGGGGGUGACGGUGAGGAGGACGGCUCUGCUCGCCCACUGCCAGGCGCUCACGCAGUCCUGCUCGUACACGGAAGCUGAGACCAUAGUGAAUGUCUUGGACUUUAAGAAGGACGUGGGCCUGUGGCACGCCGUCCUCACCAGCGUGAUGAACAUGAUGCACGUCAUCAGUGUUCCCUACGCCCUCAUGAAGGUCAACCCUCUGUCCUGGAUCCAGAAGGUCUGCCAGCACAAAGCCACGGUGGCGUGUGUGAAGUCCCGGGACAUGCACUGGGCUCUGGUGGCCCACCGGGACCAGAAGGACGUCAACCUGAGCUCCCUGCGCAUGCUGGUGGUGGCGGACGGCUCCAACCCCUGGUCCGUCUCGUCCUGCGACGCCUUCCUCAACGUCUUCCAGACCAAAGGUCUGCGGCCGGAGGUCAUCUGUCCCUGUGCCAGCUCCCCCGAGGCGCUGACGGUGGCCAUACGAAGGCCGCUGGAGGAGGGCUCCGCCCCCGGCCGCGGCGUCUUGUCCAUGCAGGGUCUGAGUCACGGCGUGAUCCGGGUCGACUCCGAGGAGAAGCUGUCGGUCCUCACGCUGCAGGACGUGGGCUCCGUCAUGGCCGGAGCGCUGAUGUGCGUGGUGAAGCCGGAAGGACUCCCUCAGCUGUGUCGCAGCGAUGAGGUGGGGGAGCUGUGCGUGUGCGCCGCCGCCACCGGCUCCUCCUACUACGGCCUGGCCGGCGUGAGCAAGAGCACCUUCGAGGUUUUCCCAGUGUCCAACAACGGCGCUGCUGUGGGGGAGCUCCCCUUCACCCGGACCGGCCUGCUGGGCUUCAUCGGACCCGGAGGUCUGAUCUUUGUGGCCGGGAAGAUGGACGGGCUGAUGGUGGUGGGCGGCCGGCGGCACAAUGCCGACGACAUCGUGGCCACGGCGUUGGCGGUGGAGCCCAUGAAGUUUGUGUACAGGGGCAGGAUCGCUGUGUUCUCCAUCACGGUGCUUCACGACGAGAGGAUCGUGGUCGUGGCUGAGCAGCGGCCCGACUCCACAGAGGAGGACAGCUUCCAGUGGAUGAGCCGGGUUCUACAGGCGAUCGACGGCAUUCACCAGGUGGGCGUGUAUUGUCUGGCUUUGGUGCCGUCCAACACGCUGCCCAAGACGCCGCUGGGCGGCAUCCACCUGUCGGAGACCAAGCAGCUGUUCCUGGAGGGGGCGCUGCACCCCUGCAACGUGCUGAUGUGCCCCCACACCUGCGUCACCAACCUGCCCAAACCGCGGCAGAAGCAGCCAGAGAUCGGGCCGGCGUCCGUGAUGGUCGGGAACCUGGUGUCGGGGAAGAGGAUCGCUCAGGCCAGCGGCAGAGACGUGGGUCAGAUCGAAGACAAUGACCAGGCAAGGAAGUUCCUCUUCCUGUCGGAGGUCCUGCAGUGGAGAGCCCAGAGUUCUCCAGACCACGUCCUGUACACGCUGCUCAACUCCAGAGGAACCAUCGCCAGCGCGUUGACUUGUCUCCAGCUGCAUAAGCGAGCAGAGAAGAUCGCCGGCCUGCUGGCGGAACGGGGCCACCUGCAGGACGGAGACCACGUGGCGCUGGUCUACCCCCCAGGCACGGACCUCAUCGCCGCCUUCUACGGCUGCCUGUACGCCGGCUGCGUGCCCGUCACCGUGCGCCCGCCUCACCCGCACAACAUCGCCACCACGCUGCCCACGGUCAAGAUGAUCGUAGAGGUGAGCCGCUCCGUGUGCGUGCUGACAACACAGCUCAUCUCCAAGCUGCUCAGGUCCAAGGAGGCCACGGCUGCUGUGGACUUCCGGACCUGGCCGCCGGUUCUGGACACAGAUGAUUUACCAAAGAAGAAAGCUCCUCAGCUGCACAGAGCUUCCAGCCCCGACGCUCUGGCCUACCUGGACUUCAGCGUGUCCACCACAGGGAUGCUGGCUGGAGUCAAGAUGUCUCACACCGCCACCAGUGCCUUCUGCCGCUCCAUCAAGCUGCAGUGUGAGCUGUACCCGUCCAGGGAAGUGGCCAUCUGCCUGGACCCGUACUGCGGCCUGGGCUUCGUCCUCUGGUGUCUUUGCAGCGUGUACUCGGGUCAUCAGUCCGUCCUGAUCCCUCCGUCCGAGCUGGAGGUGAACCCGUCUCUCUGGCUGUCGGCCGUCAGUCAGUACAAAGUCCGCGACACCUUCUGCUCCUACAGUGUGAUGGAGCUGUGCACCAAAGGCCUGGGCCUGCAGACCGACGUCCUCAAGGCUCGAGGACUGGACCUGUCCCGGGUCAGGACCUGCGUGGUUGUAGCAGAGGAGCGCCCCAGGAUCGCCCUCACGCAGUCCUUCUCCAAGCUCUUCAAGGACCUGGGGCUCCACCCUCGGGCCGUCAGCACCUCCUUCGGCUGCAGGGUCAACCUGGCCGUCUGCCUGCAGCCUCACAGGCUGAGUAAAGCUGUUGACCAGGGAACCUCUGGACCCGACCCCACGACUGUAUACGUGGACAUGAGAGCGUUACGACACGACAGGGUCCGACUGGUAGAAAGGGGUUCUCCACACAGCCUGCCGCUGAUGGAGUCUGGGAAGAUUCUUCCAGGGGUUCGAAUCAUCAUCGCCAACCCAGAGACCAAGGGGCCGAUGGGAGAGUCACAUCUGGGAGAGAUCUGGGUCCACAGCGGCCACAACGCCAGCGGCUACUUCACCGUCUACGGAGACGAGGCGCUGCAGUCGGACCACUUCAGCUCCAGACUCAGCUUCGGGGACACGCAAACCAUCUGGGCUCGAACCGGGUACCUGGGCUUCCUCCGCAGAACUGAGCUGACGGAUGCCAGUGGAGAGCGACACGACGCCCUCUAUGUGGUGGGAGCCCUGGAAGAAGCCAUGGAGCUGAGGGGGAUGAGGUACCACCCGAUCGACAUCGAGACGUCCGUCAUCAGGACACACAAGAGCAUCACUGAGUGUGCCGUGUUCACAUGGACCAACCUGCUGGUGGUGGUGGUGGAGCUGGACGGAUCCGAGCAGGAGGCCUUGGACCUGGUGCCCCUGGUCACCAACGUGGUGCUGGAGGAGCACUACCUGAUCGUGGGGGUGGUGGUGGUGGUCGACAUCGGCGUCAUCCCCAUCAACUCCCGCGGCGAGAAGCAGCGCAUGCACCUGCGCGACGGCUUCCUGGCCGAUCAGCUGGACCCCAUUUACGUAGCCUACAACAUGUAGCAGAACCAGGCGCUGGGCCGGACCGUGUACACCCACCCUCAGCUCCUUUAAUUAUCACAGACAGAAACUGAAGUUGUGGCGAUACGGACGUCCUUCAGGUGAACGUCACGGUUCCAAACCUUUUAAUUAACUUCUGCUGCAGCCUUUAAAUCCACACGUUGUAAGUAUGUACAGAAGAAACGGAUUUAAUUUAUUAUGAGACGUUCAAGAAUAUUUUGCUCUUGAAUAUUUGCUACUAUAAUAAAACAAGAGCGUUUUUAUGUUGCGUAAAGAGACUUAAACUAUUAUAGUUUCUAUUAAAGGGUCCCAGACAGAACCUUUUAUCCACGUGCUAAAACAGAGGAAAUUCGCAACCAAAACAGGACAAUUUGGGAUUUUUGGAAAACAUAUUGUAUCAAUAUUUAUUGUUAUUUACAAGAAGCUGCCAACAAAAACAACUUCUAUGAUCAAACUUGAUUUUCAGAUGCACUUGUCAACCUGAACCCUUUGUACCAUUUCAAAGUUAUUUGUGAUCAGUGUUUUACGUCUGUGUGCUGUCCCCUAGUGGCCACCAGAGGUUUUACAGGAACCCGCAUCCUGGGCCCAAAGGAGUUCGCUCCCUUUGGUUCAGAACUCCUCCAUCUCUGGCCUUAUAUAAAUCUCAUUACGUUCAUACUUUCCUCCAUCAGCUCAAGGAGCCGCCGCCACUAGUGUAAAUAUCCCUGCAUAUUUUUACACAGAUUAAUCAGGGCUCGUUCCAGUGAUGUCAUGACAUUGUGCCAUUAAGUACAGUGGGUGAAGGUCAAAGGUCAGAAAAGACAGUGUGAGGAACCUGAUCUAAAAAUUACGCUCCUCUUUGAAUGUUGCAGUUUUUUAAGCACUUUCUGAACAGUUUGUUUUUGUUUAUCAGGUUUUUAUAAAAAGAUUUAAAAAUGUCUCGAGUUGACGUCUUUCAAGUAAAUAAAAAUGUCAACAGUUUUGCCAAGAA